GCCGCAGAGGGGGGAGGCGGAGCUGCAGGAGCUGGAGCAAAAGCUGGAGGCUGGCCUCUCCCGGCAUGGCCUGAGCCCCGCCACUCCCAGUCAGGGCUGUUCCGGCCCACCCGGCAGCCCCGAGGAAUCCCCGCGGCCACGAGGCCUGGCCUCCAGCGGCUGGGGCAUGGCCCUCCGGGCAGGAGAGGGGCCUUCGCUGACAGAGCAGGAGUUGCAGAAGGUCUCCUCCAGCCUGGAGGAGCUGAGGAGGGAGGUGUCCUCCCUGGCUGCCCGGCGGCAUCAGGAGGAGGGGGCACUGCAGGAGGCGCUGAGGUUGCUAGGUGGCCUGAGUGGCCGGAUGGAUGGCUUCCUGGGCCAGUGGGAGUGGGCACAGCGGGAACAGGCGCAGUCUGCACGGGGCUUGCAGGAGCUGCGAGGACGGGCAGAUGAGCUGUGCACUAUGGUGGAGAGGUCAGCAGUGUCUGUGGCUUCACUGAAGAGCGAACUGGAGGCCUUGGGCCCAGUGAAACCGAUUCUGGAGGAGCUGGGGCGGCAACUUCAGAACACUCGAAGGGGAGCAGACCAUUUCUUGAGCUUGGAUAGGUCUGCCCAAGGCUCCUGUGCCCGCUGUGCCAGCCAGGGACAGCAGUUGUCCACGGAGUCACUGCAGCAGCUGCUGGAACGUGCACUGACCCCGCUGGUGGAUGAGGUGAAGCAAAAAGGCCUGCCUCCUGCCUGCCCCAGCUGCCAGAGGCUACAAAAGAAGAUCCUGGAGCUGGAGCGCCAGGCCUUGGCCAAACAGGUCAGGGCAGAGGCCCUGAGCUCCACCCUUCGGCUGGCCCAAGACGAAGCCGUUCAGGUCAAGAACCUGCUGCUGACGGACAAGAUGAGCCCGGAGGAGAAGGUGGCCACUUUGGACUAUAAGCAUUUGAAGAUGUGCACCCUCCAUGACCACCACCUGCCACUUGAGGGGUCCAUCAGGGCUAUGGGGGGAGGAAUCACGGGAGGGGCUCCCCCUAAACGUGGGGGCCCAGGCUCUGAACAAUAA